GGUAUUAUUUUAAUGGUGGGUACAAUUAGUUCAGGAGUGACUAGGAUGAUUUUUGGGGGGGGCCAAAAUGAGUUCUGGAGUGGCUAGUAUUAUUUUAAGGAUGGCCAAAAUGAGUUCUGGAGUGGCCAGAGACAUUUCAAGGGUGGUAAUGAUUAAUUCUGAAGUGGCAGGUAAUCUUUCAUGGGUGGUAACUCAGCAUGACCAAGUGAUAUUUCAUCUUCAGGUGAUUUUUAGAGUGGCCAGAAUUGAUUGUGGAGAGGCCAAUGGUGUUUCACAACUCACCUGUGAUGGGAGAGGGAGCGCUCAGGGCAGAACUGGCGGAAUGCUCUGAGAGCUGAAUUCUGCGCCGUUGAAUCACUGGUCUGGGUGAGAAGCUGGAUGAGAAGACUGGAAAUGGCUUCUAAAGACAUCGCUGCUCCGUGUUUUCCCAGCGUAUCCAGAGAACUUACAGACAGCAUCAGGAAAUUCAUCGACAAGUCUGCGGUCAAGUUCGCUCGUGGCGUCAAGCUUGAAACCAAAAAUGGAAAAUCGGAAGACAGGAUUCUGGUCAUCACCACAUGGAGGCUGUACCUGAUGGCGUCCAAAGUACCGACAAAGGUGGAGACCACGUUCAAUUUCCUGGAAAUCCGAGCCAUGAACACUCACCCGGAGAUGCAAGUUGUCAUAGAAACCGAGAAGUCCACCUACUCCCUAAGGCUGCAGUCACGUGAGCACCGCGACCAUGUGAUCAACCACAUCAAUUACGCCUUAUCGCGGAUAUUCAACAACUCGGUGUUUGCUCCGUCCCUCUGUCACUCCGACAGUGAUUUGUCAGAUGGGAGUAGGAAGUACUCUCCAAGCUCUGACACAUCAGUGGAGACACAGAGAGCGUGUGGUGGCUUCUCAGAGACGUAUGCUGCUUUGUGUGAUUAUAAUGGUAUCAGCUGUAAAGAAGAGGUGCAGUGGGAUGUGGAUACCAUCUAUCAUUCUCAAGACAACCGUGAGUUUAAUCUACUGGACUUCAGUCACUUGGAGAGUAGAGAUCUUGCAGUAAUUGUUGCCUCCAUGGCCUACAACACGUGGUUCACCAAACUCUACUGCAAAGACAUGCGCAUCGGGUCAGAGGUCACAGAGCAGGUCCUACACACGCUCAGUAAAUCGUCCAGUCUGGAAGAGCUGACAAUGGAGAACGUGGGACUCAAAUCUGACUUCCCUCAGAAAAUGUCUGUUGCACUGUCGGAGAAUCCAGCAUCCGUGAUUCAUUCCCUCAAUUUGGCACACAACACCUUAGACAAUCAAGGCGUGUGCAAUCUGAUCCAGCAGGUGUGUCGCCUAAGCAAAGGACUCCGCCUCCUCAACCUGUCCAAAACCUCGCUCUCGUCCAAAGGUGUGGUCUCUCUCUCUCAGGCGCUUUGCUCCAACGACGAUUACUCAAACUCGCUCCUGCAUUUAGACCUGAGCAAGAACCCCGGUGUUCUGUCCGGAGAGGACGCAAUGCAUCUGCACAUGUUCCUCUCUCAGCCCAACUGUUUGGUACACUUGGACCUAUCAGGGACCGACUGCUGUGUGGACUCGCUGUUUGGGGCUCUGCUCCGGGGCUGCUGUGCCGACCUUUCUUACCUCAACCUCUCCAAAAACUCCUUUGCUCACAGGAAGACGAAGGAGACUCUGCCGCUGUUUCGUCAGUUCUUCAGCUCCGCGUUCAGCCUCACGCACGUCAGUUUGGCGUCGAUGAAGCUGCCGCCGGAGGCCCUCAGAAAUUUGUUCUUAGGCCUGACCAACAACCCUCAUAUAAACGACAUGCAUCUGGACAUCAGCAGCUGCGAGCUGCGGUCAGCGGGAGCGGCUGUCCUGCAGGAGCUUUUUCCACGCGUCACGUCCAUCGCUACGCUGGACGUCUCAGACAACGGGUUUGAUGGGGACCUUCUGACCGUUUUAAGCGGGCUGUCCAGACAUCCCUCACUCAGACACCUCCACCUGGGCAAGAACUUUAACAUCAAGAGCAGGUAUGGCAGGGUGUUGGAUGAAAUUCUGCACAAACUGGUCCAGCUGAUACAAGAGGAAGAGUGUGUCCUGCAGUCUCUGUCCCUGGUGGACUCGCGCUUGCGUUCGCGUGGCACAGUGUUGGUGAACGCUCUGGGAAGCAACGCCUGCCUCAGGAAAGUGGACCUGAGUGGAAACGGGUUGGAGGACAUCGGCGCCAAAAUGCUCAGCAAAGCCCUGCAGAUCAACACCACGCUACGGAGUGUGACCUGGGACCGGAACAACACCACCGCAGCAGGGUUAAUGGACGUAGCACAAGCUUUAGAACAUAAUUUCACUUUGCAGUACAUGCCCAUCCCCCUCAGUGAUGUCACUCAAGCAUAUCGAAGUGCCCCAGAGAAGACGGAGCAGGCGCUCACUAAGAUUCAGAGAGCUUUACUAAGAAACAACCAAACACAGCGAUUCUCCCAGAGGCAAGCGCUACGCUUACACCAGGGCUUAGUGACCAGCACUGCUGAGCAGGUCAUGGAGCGGUUGUGUGUACGAGUGCAGCAGCAGGUGUGUGUUCUCCGCGGGGUUUCAGAUGCAGAGGAGCUUCAAGCAGCCAAACAGGUCCUGAAAGAGGCUCGCAACUCUCGUGCGCUCUACCCAUCACUGUGUGAGUUGGCUCAUGUUCUCUCUGUUGAUGGACCAGUCAGACAGAGACUAGACUCACUGGCUGGAGAACUGGCCAAGGCUGCAGACAAAGAACUGCAGGUGAUUGUGGACUCGAUGGUGUCUCUGUGCCGAGAGCUGUGUCCUCUGUCGUCCGGGGCGGCCGAGCGCCUGAGCCCUCCGCUAUCCUCUGUCUCAGAACGAGUGUCGAUCCCUCGUUCGGCGAUCCGCACCGCGUUGAUGGAGAGAGCGGCGCAAGACAUUCACCGGGUGCUCGAGGAGGUGAAGCUCUCCGUGGUGUCGUAUCUCACCAACUCGAUCGUGGAUCAGAUCUUACAGGAGCUCUACUCUACCCACAAAGCUCUGACCCUGCAGGUGUCUCAGAUGAAACAGUGGGAUGGCCUGUGUGAUGGUGGCACAGGUCGAAGGUCACACAGACACAGAGACUCCCUGGAGAUCACUGAUGAGGAGCUGGGCACGAGUAUUGACACGAUCGCCAUUAAGAAGCGCAGUGCGAGGACCAGACGAAUCCGACCGGUAUCCACUAGACUGAGUUUGUGUGAUGACUCCAGCUCGUCUCCUCCCAACUCGGGCGCUCAACUCUCCUCACCCCUCUCUCGCUCGGCAUCAUGGGAGGGUUUGUCUGCCCUGCCGACCCAGGGUGCACCUCUACAUCAUGUGACGCGGGUGAGGCCGAGGCCACCGCGACGCCACCGAGGGGGCAUCCUUUCAUCCGACUCGCACUGUACUGAAAAUGGAUCUGUCACUCCGUUGGAUGAUGGACUGCCUGAUUUUUACAGCAAACGAGUUCUACCCGAUAGUCAGUUAUCCUCGCUUCACAAAGCCCACUCACUCCGGCGAAAGAAGAGACGCAACAUGCUGGCCAUCUUUGGUUUUCGUAGGAACCGUAAUUCCACGUUGUCCAAUCAGGAUUCUGAUUCAGUGGGCGUGGCCUGUAGCGAGGAUUGCCGGACCGUUGCGACGGCUCCCACUGGGAAUGCCCUUGAGAACGUCUACACUCUUCUCCAGCCCCCUAGGAUACCCGGUAGAGGUGGCUGCCCGGUUGAAUCCGAUGGAAAUGUAGAAGAGCAGAAAAUGGACGAACCCAGAGUAGGAUUGAUGGAAAUACGCUCCAUCCAUGGAAUGCCACUGUCCACAUUCAGGACCAACAAGCACCCCUUUUACACUGGCAAAAUGAUAUCUGAGAUGGAGCCUGACCAUGACCCAUGCUCAGGACUAAAGGACAGAGAGAUCGACAGGCAGACAUUAAAACCAGGUGACAGGCAGCCGAGCUGGGAGACAGACAGGCAGAAGCAACUCGACCGAGAGCUUGAGUGGCAAAAUCUCAGAAAAUCUGAAAGUGAGACGGACGGACAAACUCUGCGCCACGUAAACAGAGUGUUGGAAAGGCAGGCAUCAAGGCAGAUGGACAAAACCUCAGAGAGAGAAGCAGACAGACAGACCAUAAGGAAGAGUGAGAAGGAGCUUGACCGAGCAACGCCGAGGCAGAUCGAUAAGCCUGGUGAGAGAGAGAUAGACAGACACACUUUGAGACAAACCGACAGGGAGCUAGACCGGCAGACGUUGUGGAAGGCAGAGAGAGAGCUAGACAGACAGGCUUUAAGACAGAUAGACCGAGAGUUAGACAGGCAGAGUCUAUGGAGGGCAGACAGGCAUUCAGAGAGGGAGUUGGACAGACACACUCUGAGGCAGCUCGACAGGCAGGCUGAGGCUCAACAGAAGCAGUGGUUAGAGACCCGAAAAGGGACAGAUAGGAAGUGGGCAGAGUCAAAGCAGCAGACGGACACACAGUGGACCGACUUAAGGCAGGUGGACAGGCAGUCUGAGAGGCAGUGGAUGGACCGGCAGAUAGACAGACACACACACAGGAUCCCAUCGCCCAUUGCCGAGAGAGAUUUCUGCCCCGACGAUAAGCAAAUUCACUGUGAAGACACACAUUCUGAUUCAGGCUCCUGGGAGCAGUCGAUGGAUAGAAGCCCACCCUCAGAUCCACAAAUGGAACACCAGAUCGAGCCAUGUUCAUCAGACGAGAGAUGCAAGGGGGUAGGCACAAGAGGGACAUCAGUGGGGCGCCUGGUACUGUGCCCAUCCAAACCGGAGCCUCCUCCGCAGAGCAGCAAGCCCAGUUUAGCCAAACUCAGACAGAGACCUCUGCAGGAGAGCUCAGGUACCGAGGAUGAACUUGGAGAGACCAAUAGUUUUCGAAUAGACAGGAAGGACCAAGAUAACAUAGAGCGAGUAAGAGAAACAGAGGCACAUCAUCCUCCAAUCCCAGCUAAGCCAAAGACAGCUUCAUAUAUCCUCUCACCAACUGAAUCAACCAGUGAUAGGAGAAUCCUACCAGCUACACCCCCAGCCUCUACAAAACCUACCUUAGGGCUGACUGAACGCUCCCAUACUCAAGGCGAGGAGUGUGUGAGACCGCAGGCUCCAGUCAAACCACAGAGGAGCAGAAAAGCUUUGUCUUGUGACACAGGCACAGACAGGGACAGCCCUAAUAACCUGGAGAAGCCCCCAAUCCCUCGCAACCCCCCUGUGAAAAAACCUAGAGCCCCCCAGAACAGAAACCUAUCCCUGGACCAGCCUGAUAGUUUUGGAGCGUUGCCUGGCAACAGCGAGCCCUUGUGACCGUUUCCCCGCCGAGGGCUGACCGGGAGGUUGUCAUGACAACAGGGAUGACGGCGAGGGCGGCGACAACGAUUGUGAACAAACACUCCAAGAACGGAAAGAAAACACAUAAAUGGAUGAAUGAAAGAAACAGGUGCGAUCGACGGCACCGAGAUCGGAACCAAAAUGGAUGUAGAAAAAGCUGGCGAUGGCGUUUAUGUAAAGCGAUUAUGCACUCGAGCUGACAUGUAUGAAUGUGUACUCGCAAGUUUUUUUUGUUUGUUUUUUCCUACACGCAUCGCAAUGUUUGUCACACUACAACGCAAGUUUGUAACAAUUUCCAGUAUUUCUAUGUUGACUCAAAUGCUUGCAACUCAGAUGCUAGCUUACGAUUGCUAGGGGGCCAAGCACCAAAAUGAAUGACAUAUUAUUAUUAUUAUUAUUAUUAUUAUUGUUAUUAUUAUUAUUAUUAUUAUUAUUAUUAUUAUUAUUAUUAUUAUUAUUAUUAUUAUUAUUA